GCUCAUAGCAAUUCAACUCGGAGGAUUCCACUCGUGAUUUCCCCGAGACCAUGGGCAGUGCACUUGCUACGGAUACAAUUCCGGUGCUCGUCACCAUGGUGGACGUACACAAUGCGAAGGCGCAGGACAUGUUCUACUUCUGCAAUGUUGGCAGUGGAGGUGCUGCGACAAAGGUCAUUGGUCGUUCUCAAACUCUUUCCGUGGAAGUUGGUAUAACUACAGUCCUGACAAUGAUUGUGUAUGAGUGUCCAGAGCCGGUCUUUACGCCCGAAACUGCGCGCUGCCUCGGAGUGCUCCGCAUCCCAAUGGAACGACUGGCAGAGCGAUACAGCUCAGGCAUUUUCCAGCAGUGGUUCAACUUAGAUACCAAGAUGGACCCGCGAAUGCCUGCUGGCGAUUUGCAAUCCUUGGUCACAAAGUUUGAGCAGGCAUAUGUGGACUCCGUGAACGACAUCUACCAGCCGAAGAUUUGUCUCUCCGUGAUUGGCUCCUCCUUUGAGGUGCAGCGGGGUUCCAGAUCCACCUUCGGCAUCUUCGUGGGCGAGGAAGUGAAGACUCAAGCUGGUCCUGAUCUGAAGGCACUCAUUGCUUCGCACAAACAGCAAGCUGCCUACAUUGACGCUCUCCAUGAAGAACUUCGUCGUUUGAACACGCCGUCGUACAGGCCGUUGGCAGCGGGCAUGGGUCAGUCUGUUGGUCCGGGGCCAGGCGGUAUGGGCCCUAUGGCUGCGCCUGGUGCACCAGGUUAUGCUGGACCCCAAUCCUUCGGGCCAGUGUCAUCAUCAGUGGCGCCUCACUAACGCCGUUGAAAUGCGAAAUGCACAAUGCGACAUGUGAAGACUGAUGAAGACUCACUGGACACCGACAAACAGAAGUGCAAAUUAAGCAGAGAUCAGAGAUGAUCAGAGACAUCUUCAAUCUCGCCCAUACAGAC